CCUUCAGUCAGACAUUAGUGUUGUCAAAUCUAACAGAUAUUCGGUGAAAGAUGUUCGUUAAAACACACAAAAUUAACUUAUUAAACAAAUUGUUUAACCCUGUCCGGUUAAGUGUUAGGCGUUACGAAAUACCGGAGCAUUUGAGAGCUAUAGUCGAUGACCCGGAUCCCAGUUUUUACAGGAUGGUCGAGUACUUCUAUCACAACGCGGUUAAAGUUUGCGAACCAAGCCUCGAGGAGUAUUUGAAGAAAUACACUCAUCUGUCGGAUAAGAAGAGAAAGCAGCGGGUCUCCGGAAUUUUGAAGGUAAUGGGCUCUUGCAAUAGCUCGUUACAAUUCGAAUUCCCCUUGCAAAGGAAGAACGGAGAAUACGAAAUGAUCCACGGCUACAGAUCCCAGCACAGCGUCCAUCGGUUACCUUGUAAAGGAGGCAUUAGAUUCUCUGACCAAGUGAAUUUGGAGGAAGUGAAAGCGCUUGCGGCUCUUAUGACAUACAAAUGUGCUUGUUCUAACAUACCGUUUGGGGGCUCUAAAGGAGGUGUAGCGAUAAAUCCAAAACAAUAUACUAUCGCUGAACUGCAGAGAAUAACGAGAAGAUAUACUUUAGAACUUGCGAAGAAGAAUUAUAUCGGUGCCGGCAUCGACGUUCCAGCACCCGACGUGAACACGUCCGGUCGGGAGAUGUCCUGGAUCGUGGACACCUACAUCAAGACGCUUGGCUACAAAGAUAUAAAUGCUGCGGCGUGCGUCACCGGCAAGCCCAUCAACGGAGGCGGCAUCCACGGCCGGGUGGAGGCCACGGGCCGAGGAGUCUUCAUGACCAUCAGUAACUUUAUUCACAACGAGCAUUGGAUGAAACAGAUCGGCUUGAAGCCCGGCUUCGAGGGCAAAACAGCUAUUAUUCAAGGUUACGGCAACGUGGGCAGUUUUGCUGCCAUUUACCUUCAGCAGCACGGAGUCAAAGUCAUCGGGGUUUUAGAAGCUGAUUGCAACCUCCACAAACCUGAAGGGUUAAACACUGUGGAGUUACUGCAGUACAAACAGAAGAACAAGGGAAGCGCUAAAGGCUACCCGAACGCCAAAGACGUGGGCCCGGAUUUGUUAUACGAAAACUGCGACAUCCUCGUCGUCGCGGCGAUGGAGAAGACUCUCUCACAACAGGUCGCAGCCAAACUGAACUGUAAGAUUAUCGGCGAAGGCGCGAACGGUCCAACGACUCCGGCCGCGGACGUGAUACUCCGCGACAAGAAAGUCCUGGUCAUCCCGGACUUGCUAGCGAACGCGGGCGGAGUCACCGUCUCGUACUUCGAAUUCUUGAAGAAUAUCAACCAUGUCAGCUUCGGGAAAUUGAGUAUCAAGUUCUGGCGAGACUCUAAUACUGCAUUACUAGAUUCCGUUGAAAAGUCGUUAAAAGCGGCCAAUAUCGACGCGAAAAUGGGACCCACGCCGCUGUUCAAGUCGCUGAUGUCCGGCGCCAACGAGGAGCACAUUGUCAACUCUGGGCUCGAGUACUCUAUGACCAACGCUUGUAAAAAUGUAAUGCAUGCUGCAAAAUCCCACAGUCUAGGCUUAAAUCUACGUACAGCGGCCUACGUCACUGCUAUAGAAAAAAUCUUCGUCACCUACGACGAACACGGCUUGGCUUUCUGACAAACUGCGAGCCCUGUCCGUGACAAUGUCAAUACUUAUAAUUUAGAAAAUGACACGAACAACCUUGCGUUUAGCGAAGUAAAGCUAAAACGUAUUGUAAUUUGAGUGUCUAAACGUUUUUACCCAUUUUUUAAAUAUUUAUUACGUUUUACCUUGGAAUACUUAACCCGUUUAGUGCUGAGCUUAUUUUCACAUAUUUUGCAGAAAUUGCUAAAGGGUUUUUGAAUAAAAGUCUUUGUAAAAAAGUUUCACUUAAAAAUAUAUAUAGAACCAAUGCUAAAUUCACAGCAAAAUAAUUUGAAAUGGUUAUUUUUAACUUAUUAAAAAUGUUAUACAUGUGCCCGCUAAGAUAUGUCCGUACAGGUUUAAUCAGGUCAUUAAUCACCUUAAUACCUUUAAAUCAAACUGUCACUAAUAGAGAAACAAUCUAUCGACGGCUCGCACUCAAAGGGUUAAGAUGGACGGUUAUACUAAACUAACGAAAAAUGAAGAGUUAUACUAUUAACUGGAUGCGGACAAACUUAAUCUUUUAAAGUCCGAGUGUGAAUCGUGAAGGUUAAGUUUUAUGGCUAAUUUACGUUUCCAUCAUUAAUAGUACGGAAGACAGUUCUUUCUAUGUGUCAUCAAGGAAAUUUUCCUCCUGAAACAAUCAGUUUGGCGCUAUUUUUUUAAAUUUUAAUAGCCUACGCUGAAAACGUAAUGUGCCACAGAACUCAACCUAGAAGAUAAUUUAUAUAAUACUUGUUUAGUAACAAUAAAAAAAAUAAAAACAUUUUAGUAAUAUUUUUUAUUGUACAUUUUCAUAUUCGUAUUGUUUAUUUUAAUAAUAAAUAAUUUGCAGAUUAAA